CCCAAUUUGUUUGUUUUAAGAAAUACCUGGUUUGACCACACAAAGCAUUUAGUUCAACAGUAUUAUUAUUGGCCAAGUUUAUUUGCUCUUGUGCUCAUUCUGUAUGAUCUGCCUACGUGGAACUCUCUGAGAUUAACAUUGCACAGAAAACUCUGAGUUCUAGGACACAAAAAUGGGUAGAAAAGAUUCUUCUUCUGCAAGAGGUCCUGUUGAGCAGCACAGAAAACAAAUAGGAAAACAAGAUUACAAGAAAACCAGGCCAAUGUUAAAAGCAACAAGAUUAAAAGCAGAGGCCAAGAAAACUGCGCCAGGCAUGAAGGAAGUCAGCCUCAUCCUUGCAGCUAUAUUGGUAUUUCUGGUGGCAUGUUAUGCUUUCUUCUAUCUUAACCUGUCCGAAGAGGUUGACCUUGAACUGGAUCAAGAUGAAAACUAGCAGGUGUCUUUUUUUGCAAGCUUUUUUUCUAGAAAAGAUGAUGAUGAUGAACAAGCCAUCUCUUCACAGAGGUGGCCAUAACUUGAACAAGUUCCUGCACUUUGGAAACUUUUGACACUCAUGAGAAUAUUGUAGCAAGGCUUACAGGUUUUAAUGAUGGAGCCCACUGACCAAACCUCUGUUAUUCAACCUGGCUUAUUGAGUGAUGUAGACCCUUUUCAUAGUUUGUUUCAUAAUUUGAGCUGGAAAAUAUUUGAUUCCAGAAUACAAUUUCCUACAUUUAUGAGCAUUACCAUGUUGGAGGGCAGACUCUGAUUUCCCUGGACUCAUCUUGGAAUUAAUUUGUUAUUUUCAAAGGAUGGCAACAAGUAGAAAUCAUAAAAAACAAGACAAACCAAAAACAAAUAGGAUGGGACUGGAUGAAGUUACAUUGUCUGUGCUGUCUGUGGGCUUGCUUCCAUUAUCAACAAUGUUAAGUUGCAUUAAAGGCAGUAGGAAAGGUUCAAGAAUAUGUUUAAUUCUUAGACUAAUACCAGGGAGAAUUUAAAUGUGCUUAACUAUAGCUGGAUCAUACCCAGUAAUUAGUGAGAGCAAGUAUUAGUAUGCCAAGGUUUACUUUGACUUUGCGAGCAAAAAGUGUAGACAAGCUGGAGAAGAGGGAUUCGACCAUGCCAGCACAGUCUUCUCCAUAUUAAUGCAUCAAUUGUACCCUCUUGCACCUUUGGGCAUGAUGCUGCAAAAACACAUAGGUUGCAUUGAUUUCAGUGAAAGAGUAAAACAUGCUUAAAUCCCAUUCAAAAUAAGGAGAUUGUAAAAUGCUGAAUGUUGGCUGGAACAUGCUCCUUGUUACUAACUGCAAAACAGCCCAAGUGCCAAGAUCCAGAGCUCAAAGGAGUCCAGAGGAUGCUAACCAGGACAGCACAAUUUAUGGACAAUUCAUGAAUAUAGGUAAGGCCUAUUGAGUUCAAUUGGACUUGUUCCCAGAUAGGUGUGUACAGGAUUGCAGCCUAGGUUGGUUGCAACCUCUGCAAGUGUCGAUAUCAAACAAGCAGUCUUAAUUCAUGGGGAUUUAAAAAAACUAAUUUGCAAAGAUCACCUUGAGUUAACCACCACGAGUUUCCAUUUGCAAAGAAAGCAGAUUUUAACUGAGAAAUUAAUUAAAGGUAAUUUAUGGUAUUGGCCUACAAGUUGAUAUACUUGGAUUUAUUUCCUAACAGCAAAUUAAACUGUGCUCAAGUAUAGCCAUCAGUGAGAGAA